AUGCCAGAAGCGCACAAGUCUUCACUCCUCCAACCAGCAACUCUCAAAGAAUUCAACAAUUUAAACGUCCUCGAGAGGGGACACAUCUUCUUCCUGUAUCGUCCCAAAGUGAUGAAAGAACAAGUUCAUGAUUUCAAUGAGGUUCAAAAACUCGUCAUUGUUUUAAAGCCUCAACGUUUGUAUGCUCAACAGCCAGUAUCCUCCAUGUCCACGGAACAAGAACCAGCUCGAGUCUUGAUGGUUCCCAAGAAAACUCUUCCAAGUAAGGGUGAGAAACGUUUGGCCAUUGUUACUCAAGUGGAUUCCGACAUUGAUCAAAUUGUAAAGAAGAGUUUGUCGGAAGAGCAUUAUCAAACAUUCACAAGAGGAGAACGAGAAUUGGGAGCUUGUCGGUUAUUAGGAGAGGGACUCUAUGAACUCAUAGAACACCGAGAGAAUCAUACUCACUUGUCGUAUGUGUUGGAAUUUCCAAAAACAUGGGAACCCAAUAGUGUUCAAGCAGAGUUUGGAAUUCAAAAAGAAGAUACUUUGAUUUUGAGUGCCAAAAAUCCUCAAACCUAUACAACCUCCUUCUCAACUGCUAGUGAAGGACCAAGUGCUUCUUCAUCAACUCAAACGAAAAAAGGACACAAGGAAAUACCUCAAAAAGUCAUUGAUCUAUUCCAAGGAAAAACCUUUCUGAAAAUUAACCCACCCUCUAUUUUGAGUCAUGAAGGUUUGCAGUUGUUAUUGAUCGGAGCUGUUGAGUACGAUGAAAGAGGUGUUGCUCUUGUGGAAGAGGAUUUAAAGAGAGAACAUGAAAAAUUGGAAUGGGAAGCUCGUGUGGAAGCUUCUCAUUUAGAUUCUUCAAAUCCACCGUUGUCUUUGUUGGAAAGAGAAUUGCAUCUCAAGUCCAGUGAUGACAAAGAGAAUGAAAAAGUCAAUAUGGAUGUUAUGGAUACUGGUGAAUUUGAGUAA